AUGUCCGGCUCCACUCAGAUUCCGGCAGCUGCCGUUUCGGACAACGUCAGCAACAAUGAACACCUCGUCGUUUCAGAUGACCCAGAGCACCCAGCCAACCUGAUCCCCAAGCUGUGUGCCAAGUUCUGGACGCUGGGCUGGGUGACGGGCACAGGUGGCGGAGCGUCAAUUCGCAAUGGUGAUCUUGUCUAUCUGGCGCCAUCAGGCGUGCAAAAGGAGCUCAUGAAGAGCCAGGACAUCUACGUCCUGUCGCUCGAGGCACAGGCGCGCUACUAUGCGGAGCAGAAGGCCGAGAACGACGCCAAGGUGGCAGCAGCACGGGCAGCCAACAGACAAUUAACCGGACCAUGGCGACCGCUUCGCACGUACCUGCGCAGCCCGCGCGGACUGAAACCGUCGCAGUGCACGCCGCUGUUCCUGUCGGCGUUCACGCGGCGCAACGCCGGCUGCUGCAUUCACACACACAGCCACUGGGCCGUGCUGGUGACGCUGAUCCUAGAGCAGGAGGCCGAGUCGUUUCCCGGCUCGCGACGUGAGUUCCGCAUCAACAACAUCGAGCAGAUCAAGGGCUUCAAGCGCGGCUACGACAAGACCGGCAACCUGGGUUACCACGACACGCUGUGCAUCCCCGUGAUCGAGAACACGGCGCACGAGGAGGACCUGACCGAGUUCCUCGAGGCGGCCAUCGAGAAGUACCCCGACACGUAUGCGGUGUUGGUGCGGCGCCACGGCGUCUACGUAUGGGGAGACUCGGUGCACGCGGCCAAGACGCAGUGCGAGAGCCUUGACUACCUCUUCCAGCUAGCUGUCGAGAUGAAGCAGCUCCACAUUCCCUGGAUUAGCAACGUUGAGGAAGUGCUGCCUUCGGAGCAGCGAAGUACGGAUUGA